UUCAAACCACCGGUCCGGCGAAUUCACACAAAUUCAAUUUGGCAAUUUGAUAUUCAAAAUAUCAAACCACAAACACCCAAAUUCCCCGCCACCAUGCCCGUCGACUCCCCUCUCAUCCCCACCAAUACGACGCCCGCCGCCGCCGCCGCCACCGCCACCACUACCACCACUGUCGCUCCGAUUUCUUUCACUUUAUCCCCAGCUGCAGCUACCACUGCCGCCGCAGCCAUUGCUCGUCCGCUAGCGAAUCAAGCGCCAUCGAGACCCAUUUCUUCAAUUCCUCAAACCCACCAUCUCCACUACCCUCCUCAAGCCCUCUACACGGCGCAGCACAUCCCCGUUCGAACUCCGAACACCCAAUUACCGAAGCUUCAGCAGGAUGCGUCUCAGGCAAUUCUUUACCCUGUCGCCUCCUCCGGUCGCGGGUUCGUUCCUCGCCCCAUUCGACCCCUUCCCGUCGAUCAGACCGUCACAGUGGCCAACCCUGGCGGCUACCCACAUCGCCCCGUCGUUUCUUUCCCGCAUCGGCCGAUUGGGUCGCCUCAUUUGGACUCCAUGAGCCAUCCAAUGCACAUGGCUCGACCUCCCAACUUGCAGCAGCAACUUAUUCCCUUUUCUGGGUCCUCCAUCUCGGGCUCGAUUAAGGUUGCCCCCAAUUCCUCUGAUCCAAAGGUCUUUCCUCCAUCAACAAUCGGCGAGGCAAAUGGGUGUAAAGAAAUGAGGGUCAGAGAUGAUGCUCUUUGUGUGGUUAGAGAUCGAAAAGUUGGAAUAACUGAUGGGGCUUCGCUUUAUGCGCUUUGUCGAUCAUGGCUGAGGAAUGGGUCUCAAGAGGAAAGCCAGCCUCAAUAUGGAAGUUUUUUGAGGUCUCUUCCAAGACCGUUGCCCAUCGCCGUGACUGGUGCUGUACCGUCGCAGAAGAAGGAAGUCGUCGAAGAAGAAGUUGAUGAGAAAGAUAAGGAUGAGGAAUCCAUUGAGGACUUAUCAACGCAAGAGUUAUUAAAACGACAUGUUCGACGUGCAAAGAAAGUUCGAUCACGAUUGAGAGAAGAACGGUUGCAACGCAUUGAAAGAUACAAAACCAGGCUCGCUCUUCUCCUUCCUCCUCCAGUCGAGCAGUUGAGGACCGAUAAUGUUACUGGAAGCUGAGUACACAUCCCGAAUUGCUCGUCCUCAAAAUCCACCGUGGACGUUUGUCCAAAUCAUUCUUCCCCAACUGCAGAUGAACUCGAGAAACAUUCAACGGAAGCGGGCGGAGUUUGUAAUUGUAUGAGGUUAAGAAAAUGAAGUUAUUUACAGAGGUUAGAAGAAAAUCACAUAUUUUCUCCUGUUCUUCUGCCUCUAUCUUCAUUGCUUUUUAUUUUAUUGGGACUUCUUGAAGUUCAACUUUCUGUUGUUAAAACUUUCGUUUAACAUCAUUACUAAGUUUUAUCUUGAGAUGU